AUUUGAUUCACCCAGCGCUAGCGGUAGAAUAUCCAGCGCUUAAACAAGGACGACAGGCAGAAAUUCAUGAUCUAUAGGGAUGGAUAAGAUUGCUGCCCUCGAUUCACACUAACAGCCAAAUGCAGUGUUAUACCGAGCUAUUGCCCCCGACUGGGGUCACUCAUGCAUUGAAACUCCCCUUUCUCUCUGCAGACGCCAAUAAUCUGGCCAUCGCUAGGACAUCGGUUCUUCAGAUUUUCACUUUGAAGAAUAUUCCUUCUCAGUCUGACAUCGACAGCGAACGAUCGUCUCAACCAGGCCAGGAGAUAACCAAACUUGUGCUGGAGAAAGAAUAUCAUGUUCCCGGAACGAUAACAGGUCUUUCUCGGGUGAAGGUACUGGAUACAAAGAGUGGUGGAGAAGCAAUUCUGCUUUCAUUCAGGAAUGCAAAGCUGAGUUUGAUCGAAUGGGACCCAGAGCGGUAUGGGAUAUCAACUAUCUCUGUUCAUUAUUAUGAGCGAGAUGAUUUGACCCGGAGCCCAUGGGCCCCUGAUUUGAAUGACUGUGGAAGCAUUCUUAGUGUGGAUCCAGGCAGUAGGUGUGCGAUAUUCAAUUUUGGAAUCCACAACCUUGCUAUAAUCCCGUUCCAUCAGCCGGGCGAUGAUUUGGUGAUGGAUGAUUACGACACGGACGAGGACAACAAGGAACAAGCCAACAGAGAGGGACAUCACUUGGAGACACCUAAAACCAACUUGUCCCACCAAACACCAUAUGGACCUUCCUUUGUUCUCCCCCUAACGGCUUUGGAUCCGUCGAUAGUUCACCCAAUAAGUCUUGUCUUCCUAUAUGAGUAUAGAGAGCCAACUUUCGGUAUCCUUUACUCCCAGGCCGCAACAUCGAAUGCGCUUCUGCAUGAAAGAAAAGAUGUCGUUUUCUAUGCCGUGUUUCAGUUGGAUUUGGAACAACGGGCCUCAACAAUGUUGCUCUCGGUAUCAAGGUUACCCAGUGAUCUGUUUAAAGUGGUGGCCCUUCCCCCCCCUGUUGGGGGUGCUCUACUCAUUGGAUCCAACGAACUUGUACACGUUGACCAGGCUGGGAAAACAAACGCCGUUGGUGUUAAUGAGUUUUCCCGGCAAGUUUCGACAUUUUCCAUGGCAGACCAGUCGGAUCUAGCUCUCCGGCUCGAAGGCUGUGCCAUUGAGCGUCUUGGUGACCGCAAUGGCGAUCUGCUCCUAGUCCUUUCCUCGGGCAAUUUAGUCCUUGUCACCUUCAGGCUUGAUGGCAGGUCGGUGUCUGGUAUCUCCGUCUCCCUUGUUCCUCCACAUACCGGCGGCAAUAUCAUGAAAUCGGCCGCGUCAUGCUCUACUUUUAUUAGCGAUGGGCGAGUUUUCUUUGGCAGCGAAGAUGCAGAAUCGGUGCUUUUGGGUUGGUCGCGCUCUGUCCCGAAUGUAAAGAAACUACGGUCACAGGUAAAGCACACCGCCGGAGAGACCGAUGGCUUGUCAGAAGAGGAGCAGAGUGAAAAUGAAUAUGAAGACGAUCUAUACUCCACAGUUCCUGAAGUGGACAGCCGUCGGUUGUCAACGGAAACAGCAGCUUCUGGGGCGUACCAGUUCCGAAAACACGACAGGCUUUUCAAUAUUGGGCCUUUGAGAGACUUCACACUUGGCAAGACGCAGAAAAAUACUAAUAGCAAAGAACACUCUGUCAAAAGCGUCUCAGCCGAGCUAGACCUAGUAGCUGCCCAAGGUACUGGCGAAAGUGGCGGGCUGGUAGUGAUGAAUCGCGAAGUUGAUCCUCUCAUCAUCUCCUCCAUGACAAUAGAAUCAGCCAACCGGGUUUGGGCAGCACGCGUAGCUCACAAGAUGGCGGCGGUGCCCAAUAACCUUGCGGGUCAAAAUGAGAAACAAGAUUGGCAGCAUUUCGUUAUAAUAUCGAAACCCAAAACCAGUGAAAAAGAAAUAUCAGAAGUCUUCCAAGUGGAGGGCCAGACAUUGAAACCCUUCAAAGCUCCCGAGUUCAAUCCGAAUGAGGAUAUCACUAUCGACAUUGGAACAUUGGAAAGCAAGAAUCGUGUCGUCCAGGUUCUAAAGAACGAGGUCCGAAGCUAUGAGAUCGAUAUGGGACUGGCUCAGAUCUAUCCUGUCUGGGAUGAGGACACAAGCGAUGAACGUGUGGCUGUUAGCGCUAGUUUCGUGGAUCCGUAUAUAGCUAUCCUUCGAGACGAUGCUACCUUACUGCUCCUCCAAGCAGAUGAUAGUGGCGAUCUCGAUGAAGCUGUAUUGAAUAGUGAUAUCACAGGAUUACAAUGGUUGUCUUGCUGUUUAUACUGUGACAAAACUGGACUUUUUUCAUCUGAUAACCGGGAUUCCGAAAGCACAGCGACAGUUGACAUGCUACUCUUUCUGCUGAGUGCGGAUUGCCGAUUAUUCAUCUAUAGACUGUCUGAUCAGAAAUUGAUCUCAGUAAUUGAGGGCCUCGAUUGCUUCUCACCUAUCCUUUCGGAUGAACCACCAAAGCGAUCGACCGCACGAGAAGUGCUAGUGGAGGCCGUUGUUGCGGACCUUGGUGAUGCCUGGGACUCUUCCCCUUAUCUGAUUCUUCGUACUGAAAACGAUGAUCUCGCUGUAUACCGGCCAUUUGUCACCUCAGUUGAGCCGGGGAACAACGCUACCAAGCUGAACUUCAAAAGAGAACCAAACAUUAUCCUACCCAAGAUGCUCUCCAAUCCCGACGCAAACAGGUCAAAUACCGAGUCGCGGAAAACCCAGUCACUCCGAGUCUUGACCACGUUAUCAGGCCUUAUGACCGUGUUCAUGCCUGGACAUACAGCUGGUUUUGUUUGUAAAACUGCAGCAAGCGCACCGCACUUCCUACGCUUGAGGGGUGAAUACACUGAGAGCCUGAGCAGCAUUGAUACCCCAAUGUGUGAAAGGGGCUUCGUGUAUUUGGAUUCGGAGAACGUUGUACGCAUGUGUCAGCUGCCCGAAGAAACGCAGUUUGAUUAUCCAUGGACAUUGCGGAGAGUACCCGUGGGAGACCAGAUUGACCACUUGGCUUACUCCUCGGCAUCCAACACAUACGUCCUUGGGACUAGCCAAGCAACUAGCUUUCACUUGCCGGAGGAUGAUGAGUUGCACCCUGAGUGGCGCAGUGAAGGAGUUACUUUUCUUCCCCAAGUUCCUCAAAGUUGGCUCAAAAUCAUAAGUCCUAAAACGUGGACGAUAAUUGACAGUUACGAACUGGGCUCUUCUGAGCACAUCACAGCGGUAAAAAGCAUGAGCCUCGAAGUUUCCGAAAACACCCAUGAGCGUAGAGAGAUGAUCGUCGUGGGGACAGCACUCGUCCGAGGCGAAGACGUACCUUCCCGCGGCUGUGUAUAUGUCUUUGAAGUCAUCCAGGUGGUGCCGGAUCCCGAAGCCCCGGAGACGGACCGCAAGUUGAAGCUCAUAGGAAAAGAAGUCGUGAAGGGAGCCGUGACUUCUCUGUCCGAGAUUGGCGGGCAAGGGUUCCUGAUGGUUGCCCAGGGUCAAAAGUGCAUGGUCCGCGGUCUGAAGGAAGAUGGGAGCCUUCUCCCUGUUGCCUUCAUGGACAUGCAAUGCUAUGUCAACGUGGCAAAGGAACUCAAAGGAACCGGAAUGUGCAUCCUAGGAGAUGCCGUGCGAGGACUCUGGUUUGCAGGCUAUUCCGAGGAGCCUUACAAGAUGAGUCUGUUCGCAAAGGAUCUCGACUAUCUGGAUGUAUUAGCCGCAGACUUCCUCCCAGACGGCGACAAGUUGUACAUCGUCGUCGCCGACAGCGACUGCAAUCUCCACAUCCUCCAAUACGACCCAGAGGACCCCAAAUCCUCCAACGGCGACCGCCUCCUCAACCGCAGCAAAUUCCACACCGGCUCCUUCGCCUCAACCGUAACCCUCCUCCCCCGCACAGCAGUCUCCUCAGAACGCAUCACACCAGACACCUCCGACACUUCCUCCUCAAUGGACCUCGACAUCCGCAUCCCGCAAUACCAAGUCCUCACGACAUCGCAGAACGGAUCCAUCGGACUCAUCACCAGCGUCUCGGAAGAGCCCUACCGCCGCCUCUCAGCGCUGCAGUCCCAGCUCACUAACAUCCUGGAACACCCGUGCGGGCUCAACCCGCGGGCGUACCGGGCUGUCGAGAGCGACGGCAGCACCGGACGGGGCAUGCUGGAUGGGAAUCUGCUGGCGCAGUGGCUUGGGCUCAGCAAGCAGCGGAAGACGGAGAUUGCUGGUCGGGUGGGCGCGCAGGAGUGGGAGAUUAGGGCUGAUCUUGAAGCUGUUGGUGGGGACGGGCUUGGGUAUUUGUAGUCAAU